GAAUAGUUCGCGGCGGAACGAGCUUCGAAAUGGAAUGAAAUGAUAUUAAGUAUCGUCGAGCACGUGCGAAUAAUAAACGCGUACAGCGGGUAGACGAGGCGGUAAGGAAAGAGAGCCACGAGGCAAUUUAUCUCCGAGUCGUAUCGGUUCAAAAGGUGAUCGAACCAAGAUGGGCAAGUGCUGUUCCUGUUUUACACGAUUCAGGGCAGUCUUCAGACCGGAAACUGUAACGGAUGGCCCGUCGAAACCAAUAUGCAACAGGCCAGAAUGUCUACCUCGUCCACCUGCUACUCCCGCUUCAGGGGAGGAUUUCAGUGUUCCCGUGUUGACGAUCCAGGAGGUGGAUCCCUGCAUCCAGGAGAAUGGGGAGAAUCACAGGACGUCGAGAUACGAGUCGAUGACACGAGACGACGACAAGACCAGGCUGGUUGUCAGACGGGGACAGGAGUUCUACUUGCAUCUGACGCUUUCCAGGGAUUACGACCCGAAUAUCGACGGUAUUUCGCUGGUGUUCACGGUGGACGGGGUCGAGAAACCGCAAUACGGUCACGGUACCCUAGUCGCGGCCCCAGUUCUACAUCCGGGUGAAGUUUCGGACGGAUCCUGGCAAGCGAGCAUCGACGCGAUUCAAUCGAAUUUUCUUCGAUUAAAGAUCGUUCCGGCUCCCGAGGCGAUAAUAGGAACAUGGAAAUUGGACAUCGACACCAAGAACAAGAAUCUAGACGGGGCUGUCAGUUACACGAUGAAACACCCGUUCUACCUGAUCUUCAAUCCGUGGUGCAAAGAGGACACGGUGUACCUGGAGGAGGAUGAUCAGCGCGAGGAAUACGUGUUGGCCGAGGACGGUUUGAUAUGGCGUGGAAGUUACAAUCGUCUGAGACCAACGGUAUGGAAAUACUCGCAGUUCGAGCGUGAUAUAUUGGACUGCGCUCUCCAUCUGAUGAUCCACGUCGGGAAAGUUCGAACAUCCGGCAGAAGCGAUCCCGUCGUUAUAUCCCGAAUUCUGUCCGCGGCUGUGAACUCUCCGGACGACAAUGGCGCGGUGAUGGGCAAUUGGUCCGACGAUUUCGGGGGCGGUACGCCGCCGACUAAAUGGCUGGGCUCGCAGAAGAUUCUCCAACAGUAUUACAAGACGAAAAAACCGGUGAAGUACGGACAAUGCUGGGUGUUCUCGGGUGUUCUGGCCACGGUCUGCCGUACACUGGGACUUCCUUGCCGUGUUGUGACCAAUUACGCGAGCGCGCACGACACCCAAAGCAGCUUGACGGUCGAUUAUUUCGUGGACGCCGAGGGGAAAGUGAUGGAGGAGCUGAACAGCGACUCGAUAUGGAAUUUUCACGUGUGGAACGAGGUUUGGAUGAAACGAUUGGAUCUGUCCCCGGACUGUGCCGGUUGGCAGGCGAUCGACGCCACCCCUCAAGAGUUGAGCGAAGACGCGUACCGUUGCGGCCCGGCUUCCGUCGCCGCCGUGAAAAACGGCGAGGUUCUUCGACCUUACGACAACGCUUUCCUGUUCGCGGAGGUGAACGCUGACAAGGUGUUCUGGCGAUACAACGGGCCCACUCAACCGUUGAAAUUGAUUCGAAAGGACGUGUACGGUAUUGUCCAGGCGUUAUCCCCGUCAGUGGGGGGAGGCCGUGGUAGGGAGGACAUCACUUAUACGUACAAGUUUCCGGAAAAGUCGGACGAAGAACGGGCUGCCAUGCUGAAGGCGCUCCGUCAGAGCCAGUCGUUGUUCAGUCGUUACUAUCUCAACGAAGAAUUCAACGACAUCAUGUUCAACUUCGAGCUUCGCGACGAUAUCGUGAUCGGGGAGCCGUUCAGUGUCGUGUUGCUGAUUAAGAAUCGAAGCAGCUAUAACGAGUACCGUGUCUCCGUGAUACUAAGGGUGGAAACGGUCCUGUACACGGGUCGCGUCGGCGACCCGGUGAAAAGAUUGAAUAUCGAUCGGCUGGUGAGACCGGGAGUCCUCGAGGAGGUGCGUAUGGACGUGUCCUGGGACGAAUACGGUCCCCGAUUGUUGAAUCAGUGCGCGUUCAACAUCGCCUGUCUGGCCACCGUCAAGGACACAAAUUUCGAGUACUUCGCCCAGGACGAUUUUCGCGUCCGUAAGCCCGACAUUAAAAUCACGCUUGAGGACGUAGCGACGGUCGGCGAACAGUUGAACGCUAGGGCCAAGUUUAAGAAUCCGUUGCCCAUACCGUUGAAGAAAUGCAGAUUCCUGAUCGAAGGGCCUGGCUUGGAGGAGCAAUUGAAGUUGAAGUUGACGGAACCGGUCGAGGUUGACGCGGACGCGGAAUGCUCGUUUUCGAUGGUGCCGAAAUUUGAGGGUCGUGCGACGAUCGCCGCGAAAUUUUACUCGAAAGAAUUGGAGGACGUCGACGGUUUCGUGAACUUCAUGGUGAGACCGAGGAAAGCUACCGCGAACGGCGAGUAAAUCGCCCCCAGACUACAUUUUGCGAACUGGCGAAGUAUUACCAAUGUACAGACUCCUCUCGAUUAUUGUCUGGCUUGUUCUACACGAUUAUUGUCCAGGCGUUAUC